AUGUCGAAACUGCUCCGGAACGGCAUCCCACGCACCGAGGAUGGCAAGAUCGACUUUAGCUGGAAGAACCACUACGGCUUUACGGGCUUCAUCGUACUCUGCGGUUUCCUCUUUCCCCCGCUAGCCGUCGCGGUGCGCUUUGGCAUCGGAAAGGAUUUUUUCAUCAACGUUCUCCUCACCAUCUGCGGGAUCAUCCCGGGCCACAUACACAACUGGUUCAUCCAGAAUGUAAGGAACAACGACACAAAGGCGCGCACGCCCAAGUGGGCGAUUCGGUACGGACUGGUGGAUGACCGGCCGGCGAAGAAGCUGGCCAAGAGCAGGGCGUGGACGGGGCGCUUCUACGACAGGGUGGCGCAGAGGGUGGUAUAUGACGACGAGGGCAAUGCGCAUGUGGUCGAGGAAGAGGUGGAGACGAGGGAGGAUGGGGUGACCGCACCAUGGAACGUACACGGUGCGGUGAGGGAGAACAGGACCGGAUUGGUCGAGCCGGACCAGUGGAUCAACCAGGAUGCUUCCCAGUCGUCGUUCGACUACGCCCAUCAGCAACAUAACGAGGGUAAGCCGUCCAAGCUCGCCCGCUUCCGACGCUCGCGACACAACGGCAGUUCAAGCGCACACGAUCCGCACGCGCUCGCUGGCAGCAGCAGCGCAAGACGCGACAGCCUCGCCAGCACAACGUCCUCGCUCAGCGUAGUCACCCCCGAAGACCCCACCCGCUUCUCCCCCUACGCCGAAAAAGCAUCUGAAACACAUCAACCAACAGCUCACACCAACAGCUCCACUGCCAGCUCCACUCCCAACAACUACACCACGCGCCGCUACCAAGACGACAUCUUCAACCACGAGUUCUAA